AUGAUCGCUGAUGAAAGCGGCGAUGAUCUUGGAACUACUGGUCCGAGAAGGGCUACAGGUGGAUCUAGUUCUAGCACACAGCAGUAUCCACCCCAUUUUUCCGCGUUAGACCUGGAUGCCAUGCGGCAGGACAAAAAUGCUGUGCAGGCCUCUGGAUUUGGGGCUAGAGAUACCGAGGGGUCUGCCGGUAUGACCGAGUUCCAGGUUGGCCAACAAUUUCAGGAUAAAGAUGAGGCGUUGUUGAGUGUGAAGACGUACAGCAUCCGCCGAGGGGUCCAGUACAAGGUCGUUGAGUCAGACUACCGCAGGUAUGUGGGAAAGUGUUCUGAAUUUGGGAAUGGGUGCACAUGGCUGAUUCGGUUGAGUCUCCGACAGCGGAAGGGUAUCUGGGAAGUGAAGUGGUACAACGGACCGCAUACCUGUCUUGCCACCUCCAUCUCCAGCGACCAUAGGAGUCUGGACUACCAUGUGAUAGCCACAUUCAUUAUGCCGAUGGUUAGGGCUGAUGCCGCUGUCAACAUCAAGGUGCUUCAAAAUGCCACGGCCGCACACUUUGGGUUCAGGCCAACAUACAGGAGGGUAUGGAUGGCGAAGCAGAAGGCCGUUGCCGACAUAUAUGGGGACUGGGACGAGUCGUACAACGAGCUCCCUAGGCUGUUCUGGACUUUCCCCCCUUGUAUCGAGGCAUUCCGUCAUUGCAAGCCGUUGGUGAGUAUUGACGGCACCCAUCUAUAUGGGAAGUAUGGUGGAACGUUGCUAGUCGCGAUUGCACAGGACGGAAACUCCAACAUACUCCCCGUGGCAUUUGCACUAGUUGAGGGUGAGAAUGCAGAGUCAUGGUCUUUCUUUCUUUCCCACCUCCGUGAGCAUGUGACACCUCAGCUGGGUCUGUUAGUUAUUUCAGAUAGGCAUAGCGGCAUCAAGGCAGCCCUCGAGGCUCCGGAUGGGGGAUGGCUACCCCCAGCUGCAUACUGGGCGUUCUGCAUUCGACACGUUGCAGCGAAUUUUACCCUGACGUUCAAGGGAAAAGAUGCCCGGAGGCUUCUUGUUAACGCCGCAUAUGUGAAGACCGAAGUGGAGUUUGACUACUGGUUUGACAUUCUGCGCUCUGAGAAUCCGGCAAUGUGUGACUGGGCGAACCGAAUUGAGUAUUUGUUGUGGACACAGUACUCUGAUGAGGGUCGGAGAUUCGGGCACAUGACGACCAAUAUUUCGGAGUGUGUCAACUCAAUCCUGAAGGGGGUAAGAAACCUCCCUGUUUGCUCACUGGUGAAGGCCACAUACGGAAGGCUUGCUGAGCUAUUUGUCCGUAAGGGAAGGGAGGCCGAGGCUCAGUUGGGUACUGGACAACAAUUCAGUCAAUACCUAGUAAAGUGUAUCGAGGCCAACCUGAAGACAGCCAGGUGCUUCACGGUGACCAUUUACGACAGGGAUAACUCGGAGUACACCGUGGCUGAGACGACUCCGACAGGUUCAUUCUCACUUGGUACGUACAGGGUCUCACUCGGGUCUAAGACUUGUGAUUGUGGAUACUUCCAAGCACUUCAUUUCCCGUGUCCUCACGCACUGGCAUGCUGUUCUUAUUCACGUAUUACAUGGCAGCCUUACGUCCACCAGGUCUAUCGGCUUAGUUCCGUUUUUGGUGUCUAUCAGAUGGGAUUUACACCUCCCAUUCCGGAAGGUUUCUGGCCACCUUAUGCCGGUCCUACCGUUAUACCGGAUCCGAAUAUGAGGCGUGCGAGGGAAGGUCGUCCUAGGUCCACACGAAUUCGCACAAACAUAGAUGAUGCAGAUCCGAACUGCCCAAAGAGAUGUGGCCUCUGCAGGCAAACAGGACACACCCGUCGUAGUUGUCCACAAGCCGCAGGCCCCAGCGGGACUGCUGGGAAUUAA